AUGUCGACGGCACCGUCGUCCGCAAUCGACGGCGGCAGCAGCGGCGGCAUCAACGGGGCUGCAGAUCCGGCGAGCAGCAGCGCUGCAACCACACUCGUCAUCAUCGACGAGGGGGAGGACGAGGAGCAGGAGCAGCAGCAGCAGCAGGAGGAGUCCGGGCGAGAGGCCGGCGUCGCGCGCCACGCGGACGUGGGCAUUUCGGAGGGUGACGUCGCCGAUCUCCGGGAGGCUGCGCGCCGGGCCUCGGCUGGUGCGGCGGCGUCGGCGGCUUCUGCUGGCACGGCUGUGACGCACGUCUGGGGUCCCCACGUCGAGCAGCAGCAAAUCCACCAGGAGCAACCGCAGCAGCAGCAGAAGCACCACCACCACCACAGCCACCACCACCACUACGACCAGGACCAGCAGCGCGACCGGCAGCUCGUCCACGAGCUAGACCUAGACGCAGGCGCCGACGCCGACGCCGACGCACAAGCAAAAGGCGGAGAAGCGUCGCAGGAGUCGCUCUACUAUGAAGCGUCCACGAUGGCGUCGCUGAACCCCUUCUCCGUGGCCGCCAUCAACCGCCUGCGCGCCUACAAGCCGCCCGCUUUCCCGCUGUGGGACGCCCUGCCCGCCCGCCGGCGCGCCGCCGUGCUCGUCCUGCUCUAUGCGGACCGCUGGGGCGACCUUCGCGUCGUCAUCACGAUGCGUGCUGCCAGUCUCCGGAGCUUCUCGGGACAUGCUGCGCUGCCUGGUGGCAAGGCCGACCACAAGGACGAGACGCCGUACCAAAUCGCGAGGAGAGAGGCAUAUGAGGAGAUUGGUCUACCCAUGGACGACGCACGCAUCCCUCGCCCCUUUAGAAUCGAACCUCUGUGUACGCUCCCGCCCUCCCUGGCCCGCACCCACCUCGUCGUCACGCCCUGCGUCGCCUUCCUCCACGCCGACCGCACGUCGACGCCCGAGGCGCCCAGUCCACUCGUCGAGGAGUCCAUGAUACCCCGCCUCGAUGCCCGCGAGGUCGCCGCCGUCUUCAGCGCUCCCUUCUACAACUUUCUCAAGGCCGAUGACCUCCCGCCGCGAGCCGGCGCUGCCGCUCUACCGCCAGGGCAGUGGUACGAGGGCUCGUGGGUCGCAUGGAAGGACAUGCCAUGGCGCGUGCACAACUUUUACGUGCCCGUCAACAACCAACGCGUGUCCAAGCCGAGCCGUCGCGACAGCGCACAGGGCAACUUGGCCGAGAAGCUGGGCGAGGAGCAGGAGUUUGAAGGGCGCUUCAAGGUCUGGGGCAUGACGGGCCGGCUGCUUGUCGACGCCGCCCGGAUAGCCUACGGGGAGGAGCCCGAGAUCGAGCACAACGACACCUUUGGCGACUACGACAUUAUCCAGCGGGCUGAAUCAGAAGGUGUCUUCAAAGAGAUUAUGGAACAGGACAAGGCCGCUGCCAAUGACGGCAACGGUGCGGCCAAGAUGUGA